ACGCAUGUGCGCUUUUUACAUACGCGCGGCGUCACACAGAGAAAAUGUAUACAAAAGCGAAUGUAUUAAACACAACUUCUGUUGAAACCUUUCAGAAAUACAUGUAAUAAUUCUAUUUAAAAAAAAAGGCAGAAACAAUUAAUGAAUCAUUUCGAGCUCUUAGUUCUUAAGACGUUUUUACUAGUAAAGGGCUAACCUGCUGCUGGAAUGGCAAACGUUUUUACAAGGCGCUAUCGUCGGCCGCGCACCACAACGCUGUCGGACUUUUCGUGCACAAACGACCAGACAAAGCAGAGAGCUAUACCGAGGAUUUUCUCCCCAACACGGCGGCAGAAUCCCCAUUCGAUUGGUCUGGUUUACCAGAGUCCGUACAACAAGGAAAACCAAACCUUUGGCAUCUGGAGCCCCGACUUCAACCUCAUCCGAUCCCGUUUUCCCGAAAUGUUUAACCACAUACGAAAAACAAAUUGGACCUGUUGCCGUGGCAACAAGGAGGUGUCUCUGCCAAGAGCUCCAAGUGGUUUGCAAACCCCCGAGAUCCACUACACGUUGGAUUCUACAUCUCGACGAAGCUACGUGGAACCAGCUAGCGCCUUCCCGCAACUCAUGGAUACAAAACAGCGGACUACCCGAUUUGGUAGCACACCAUAUGCUUGCACGGUGCCCGCAAGGGGUAUAGUUCCGAAUGUUCUUCCUCCAAUCACCUGUGAUGAACCGGAAAAGGAAGACGAAAGACAGAAGCUGUAAUACUACCUACGCCGAGCUUGCAUCUCAACAAACAACACUUUGCAUUCAAACAAUUACAUCUUUUCUCUUUUAAUUAAAAAUAACGUUAUAUAGGCUACAUUUUUAUGUAAAAUAAGCUGCAAAUAACGUGUUUCACUGUGCCUUUCUAAUUUUAAAAUUGUAAUCACCCAACUAAGAGUAGGCCCGUAAGCAAAGGAAAAAUACGUACGUAAAUAAAACGGAUAUAGCGUUGUGUUGAUGCUAAAGGCUUCCAACUACACUGUAACAAUAGGGUUGAAACUGUAGCUGCCGGCUGUCGGUUGGUAGACGGCUACUCAGAUUUAACUCGAUUUUCGUGACGGUUUGUUUGCACGUUUGACAAAAUUAGGGAUAUGGCUCCAGGUAAUAUUUUGUUGUCACAUGCCGAAUAUAAACCCUGUGGAAGAACUAUUUCAUAUCACUGUAACAAGACCUUUUGAAGAUAUGCAUCCCUAGAGACCAAUGACUAAUAAGCAUUGAUGUCUUACAUUUUGUACAUUUUGAAGAAAACUUCUGUUCGAAUGUACCGGUAUGUAAUUCUACUUGAUCCAUAUUCUGAAGGUUGAUUGAUUAAACCAUACAGCAAAUAUA